UCCCGGACAGAAAGCCGGAACCAAGUUCCGAUUCAAAGGAGAAGGAAAUGAACGACCAAACGGAGAAUCCCAAGACUUGGUGUUUGUCAUUGAAGAACUACCACACGAACGCUUCACCAGAGACGGAAAUGACCUCGUCACUACCGAAAAGAUAACACUAUUAGAAGCCCUGACUGGUACAGGUGGCACACGACAAAUACGUGUUCCCGAUGGACGCAGGCCUUCCGUCACUAUACCCGCCUCUGUGGUCAAACCGGGCUCUCAAACAAGGGUACCAGGAUUUGGUAUGCCUAUUCGAAAAGCCGGCGAGACAAAGCAAAAUGGGGAUCUCAUUGUAAAAUGGGACAUUGAGUUCCCAGACCGCCUGACGAGCAGUCAAAAAGAAGGCUUGAAGAAAAUUUUAGGCUAG